UCAACAUCAUAAAAAUGUAAUACUGGAAAGAACGAGACAAUUAACUCUUGUGAAGUUAACCCACCUGCAUACUUCAUACACUUAUGAAUUUUAAGCUGUUACCUUUUUGUCUGAUGUCACUGUCUACGAUGUCCUUUUCUGGAGGUUUAAUAACCCCGCCAAGUUUGACGUUCGCUAUUUGGUAACCAUAUACAUCAAGUCAACAUCCAUCACGACUUUCAUCAAUUAUCCCCAUAAUUAUCGGAAUAGAGAUCGUUUAUAUUGGAAAUAAGAACAUGCAUGUACUGGUCUAAAAAGUACCUUGGGCGAGGCUCUGUAGUUACUCUGCUCUCGUAGGGAGAGCUUUCCUACAGACAUGGCGCUUUUAACAACCGACAGCGCCUACUCGAAGAUUAAAUAAAAAAGAAGCCUGGAAGUUGCAAUUGGUAUGAGUUUAUACGGUAAUUGAUUACAAUCACUCGUUCGAAUAUCAAACAUUCUUGGUGAUAUUUCUUUCUUUAUUGGAGUCCAUUUGAUAGACAGUCUUUACCUAUACAUAUCCAUUUGCAAUACUUAUCUAGUCGCCAAAAUGGGUGCCGUCCAGUCUUCAACCAAAAGCGCCGCCCUUGCCGGCAAGGCGUUCCGCAGCAUGAGCGAGCAAUUCAAAAUUCUCAUGAAACGCUUGCGGUACCAGGCUGGGUUUCCGUCCCAAGAUCCCACCAGGACCUACUGGAAAGACGACCCUCCCUUCCCAGACAUCGUUCAGCUUCGCAUGAUGCCGCCAUCAAACAGGACCGAAAUCGUCAUUAUAGGUAGCGGCAUCUCUGCCGCAGCCAUUGCCUGGUCGUACCUGGAAGAGUGCAGUCGCUCAGGUAAUUGGCGCCGUGUCGUCGUCUUAGAAUCCCGCGAUCUUUGCGGCGGUGCCACGUCACGCAAUGGUGGGCAUAUGAAGAUCGUACCUCACGAACAAUUCGACCAACUGCGAAGAUCUCAUGGAGUCGAGCGAGCCGCCGCGAUCAUAAAGUUCCAGCUAUCUCAUAUUCCAUUAUUGAUGGAAUUAUGCGAAAACAAGGGAUGGAAUAUCGCCGAGUGCCGUGAAGUUGACACCGUAGACUACUUUCUUACAGACGAAGAACGCGACAGUGCUUUCGCUAAAGUGGAUGCCAUCCAGAAAUACAUACCGGAGUUAAAGUAUACCAAGUUUGACGCACACACAGUGCAGGAAGAAUUCAAGGUCAACAAAAAUGUCAGGGGUGCUUUAUUGUAUCGUGCCGGAGCAAUACAUCCCUACAGAUUCGUAAGUUGUGUAUGGGACGAACUUCUUCGGAAGUAUAAGCACGACAUUUACAUCAGGACCAACGCAACGGUCUUGAGUGUACGGGCACUGAGAGGUCGGUCUUAUGCCUUCGAAGUCGUCGCCGACGAGUUAUUCAACCGCACAUGGGAGUGUAACCAUGUCGUACAUGCUACGAAUGCUUUCGCAACCGAGCUCGUACCGGGCCUGCGAGGCAGAUUAACCGGCGUCCUCGGAAUGGUGUCUAUGAUGAGACCAGGCAAACUCUACGCUUACUCAGACCCCAUGAAAUCGUGGCACAUCUUCUACGGCCACGCGUGUGAUUAUGCUAUGCAACGGCCUACGGUCGACGGGAGACAGGGAGACGUCAUCUUCGGCGGAGGCUGCUCGCGCUCCGGGGGUCAAGGAGCAAACACGCCCGGUGUAUGGGAUGAAAGCAGGCUUGAACCCUUACCAUUAGCACACCUACGAGGAAUUCUCCCCACAAUCUUCCGGAAUCCGUAGGCAGGACACUGGAAGACCCUAUUACAAUGGUCUGGAAUCAUAGCACUCACGGGAGACCAACUUCCCUUCGUCGGAAGGCUAGAUUUUAGCCUGACUGGCCGCAAGCCCGCUGUUAGCGAGGCAAUGUAUCCAAAUCACAAUCCCGGCGAGUGGAUCUGCGCUGGUUACAACGGCGACGGCUUGAUGUUGGCCUGGCUUUGCGGCACGGCACUGGGCGUCAUGCUCGCACAACGCGAGAAGGUCGACCAGCCAAAGGUUGUGGGAAGACCUGCAGGGCCUCUUGAUGCAUGGUUCCCCUCCGAGCUGUAUCCGACGUCGAAAAGAGUCCGGAAGGCCACCCUGAUGAACCUUGGCCUUCGUUUCUUCUGGGCUAUGCUUUCCAGACGCGCUGUCCAGCCGGUCUUCGACGACGACGACGUGGAUUCCACGGCGUCUGAUCCAGCCAUCCUGCCAAUGUUCGGGUAGGUACCAUUCUAUGGUAUGCCUGCCUUCUAAGCCAUACGCGAGGGCAGCUCUGUGAAUAGCUAGGAUAGCGAUAAUCUUUUGAUCAAGGCGAAAUUUUCAGUUCUGUUUGGGUUCUAGGGGAGUCUUGUCAGCUGCAAAGGUCUACGGGCUGAACUGUGCAUCCAUGUACCAUAGCGUUGUCGGAUAUAGAUAAUUAACAGCGGAUGAUUGCUUACAUAUCCAGGUUGUUUUAUUAGGUGUCAACAUUAGUGUGGU